AGACGCACUUAACACAUGAACAUGGAGUCACUGGCAUCCAGAGCCACACUCACACUCGCAGACACACACACUCCCCGGAGCAGCCAGUGGAGGCUGCUGAUUGGAUGCUUUGCUGGCUUACUGACUAGCUACAGACAACCCGGGCCCUCUGGUGCAGCACACCCCAACCCCGGCCUUGCUGCAGGGGUGCUCCAGGGCAGUGCCCUGGAUAAGAAGGGCAACAAGCCCAGGAAAUGUGGCCCUUUAGCUGACGAGCUUUUAAAGAUGGGCAGUGGGCCAGGCCUAGGCCCUCCAGAACCAGGAGGUGAUGGAGGGCAAGUCCCAGGCCUGCAAAGAUGCUGGCGGUCCCAGACAUGGGUCUGCAGGGGCUGUACAUCGGCUCCAGCCCCGAGCGGUCCCCUGUGCCUAGCCCGCCCGGCUCCCCAAGAACCCAGGAAAGCUGUGGCAUUGCCCCACUCACACCCUCGCAGUCUCCAAAAAUGGGAGGGCGGGGACCCAGGAGUGGCCCACCAGAAGACCCCCACCUGCCUGCUUUUGACCCCGGAGGGCGCCUUUCACAGUUUUGGCUACACCGCCCGCGAUUACUACCACGAUCUGGACCCUGAGGAGGCACGAGACUGGCUCUACUUCGAGAAGUUCAAGAUGAAGAUCCACAGCGCUACUGAUCUCACCCUGAAGACUCAGCUAGAGGCUGUGAAUGGAAAGAAAAUGCCUGCCCUGGAGGUGUUCGCCCACGCCCUGCGCUUCUUCAAGGAGCAUGCCCUUCAGGAGCUGAGGGAGCAGUGCCCAUCGCUGCCAGAGAAGGACACUGUGCGUUGGGUGUUGACAGUCCCCGCCAUCUGGAAACAGCCCGCCAAGCAGUUCAUGCGUGAGGCUGCCUACCUGGCUGGCCUGGUGUCCAGGGAGGAUGCAGAGCAACUACUCAUCGCCCUGGAGCCAGAGGCUGCCUCUGUCUACUGCCGCAAGCUGCGUCUACACCAGCUCUUGGACCUAAGCAGCCGGGCUCCGGGCAGUGGACGCCUGGGUGAACGCCGCUCCAUCGAUUCCAGCUUCCGGCAGGCCCGUGAGCAGCUGCGCCGUUCCCGCCACAGCCGCACCUUCCUGGUGGAGUCUGGCGUUGGAGAGCUGUGGGCAGAGAUGCAAGCAGGAGACCGCUACGUGGUGGCAGACUGCGGAGGAGGCACGGUGGACCUGACCGUGCACCAGCUGGAGCAGCCACAUGGCACCCUCAAGGAGCUCUACAAGGCAUCUGGUGGUCCCUAUGGUGCGGUGGGCGUGGAUCUGGCCUUUGAGCAGCUGCUGGGCCGCAUCUUCGGCGAGGACUUCAUCACCACCUUCAAAAGGCAACGGCCAGCAGCCUGGGUGGAUCUAACCAUCGCCUUCGAGGCCCGCAAACGCACUGCAGGCCCGCACCGUGCAGGGGCGCUCAACAUCUCGCUGCCUUUCUCCUUCAUCGACUUCUACCGCAAACAGCGAGGCCACAACGUGGAGACAGCCCUGCGCCGGAGCAGCGUGAACUUCGUGAAAUGGUCCUCACAGGGGAUGCUCAGGAUGUCUUGCGAGGCCAUGAACGAGCUCUUUCAGCCCACGGUCAGUGGGAUCAUCCAGCAUAUAGAGGCGCUGCUGGCGCGGCCAGAGGUGCAGGGCGUGAAGCUGCUGUUCCUGGUGGGCGGCUUCGCGGAGUCCGCUGUGCUGCAGCACGCGGUGCAGACGGCGCUGGGCCCCCGCGGGCUGCGCGUGGUGGUCCCGCACGACGUGGGCCUCACCAUCCUCAAGGGCGCGGUGCUGUUCGGGCAGGCGCCGGGCGUGGUGCGCGUGCGCCGCUCGCCGCUCACCUACGGCGUGGGUGUGCUCAACCGCUUUGUGGCCGGGCGCCACCCGCCCGAAAAACUGCUGGUCCGCGACGGCCGCCGCUGGUGCACUGACGUCUUCGAGCGCUUUGUGGCCGCCGAGCAGUCGGUAGCCCUGGGCGAGGAGGUGCGGCGCAGCUACUGUCCCGCGCGGCCAGGCCAGCGGCGCGUGCUCAUCAACCUGUACUGCUGCGCCGCCGAGGACGCGCGCUUCAUCACCGACCCAGGCGUGCGCAAGUGUGGCGCGCUCAGCCUCGAGCUGGAGCCCGCCGCCGACGGCACGUCCUCCGGCCGCCGCGAGAUCCGCGCCGCCAUGCAGUUUGGCGACACCGAGAUCAAGGUCACCGCCGUCGACGUCAGCACCAACCGCUCCGUGCGUGCCGCCAUCGACUUUCUUUCCAACUGAGGGCGUGGUGCCAGCCCGACCCCAUGCCAGGCCCCGCCCUCUUGCGAUUGGGGGUCUGGGGUGUAUGUUUGCGGCGGACAGAGCUGCUGGUUCUGAAGUCAGCGCCUGCCCCCUCCCCCCCGCCCUCCUGUCCGGGGAGCUGAGGUCGCAGGAUGGGUGGGGACAGACUCUCGCUUUGGAUUUGGGCCCGGGGCCGCUGACUGGAAGGCUUUAGAGCCCUGCCAAGCAAGGGCUGAGAUCAAGGAGUCAGAAGAGGUUUGUAAGAUGGUGCGCCCAUAAGGGGUGACCCCGAAGGCAGAAUGCACCAGAAGACCAAGUCCUGGCCUGAACUGGGGGGGGGGGGGGGGCGGGGUGGGUAGUGGGGUGGGAGGUGGAGGCAGCUGGGAGAGGCAGAGCAGGGCCGCUGCGGGAUGGGCAGCAGGAGGAUGGAGGAUAUGCAGGGCUUGGGCCUGAAGGGCCCAGUGCAUGGACUGAUAAGCUCAGCCAGCACAGGGCACUGGGUGGAGAACCUCUAUGGGGCAGAAAAAUGGCUGGAGACUGGCACAAGUAACACAGGGAUAGAGGACUUUCCUGGGUGUGGUACUGACCAAGUGUGACUGGUAAUUUUUAAACUUUCUCAAUUAACAGGCUAAAGAGGAGGAUGCAGGAUGAAGGCACUUAUGAGAGGAUGUGGGGGAUGCUGGCUGGGGGGAACCUUCCUUCAGGACAGAUUAAUUCAUCUAAGAAGGCCCCAAGGGCAGCCCAUGAAUGACCGACCCAGUUGCACCCUGUCCCAGUCAUCAAAGAGCAGUAGGGGUUGGGGGGCUGUAGGGAGACAGAAGGAGAAAUAAGGGCUGAUCCUGGCUCUGCCAUCAACUCAAAGUGCCAUUGGGACAUUCCCUGCCCACCCAUGACAUGCAUCUGCCCCACCUGCCUCAGAACCCUAGGUGACAAUAAAGCGUUUAUGCUUAAGGUGAA